ACCGGCGUCCCUCCAUGGCGGCCAUCUUACUCCAGUAUACCAUUCUGGGAAGUGCGUACGUCGGUCUCCAUUGGCUAACAGCGUGUGUGAGCCAUCUAGAUAGAUAUAUCUAUGCUCCUCAGUCUGAAAACAACUUGUAUCGUAAAGACGUUGGUAACUGUCGUAAACCGGUCUCUCUGCAGCCGAAGCUGUCGUACGUUAGCUACAUUGAAAUCAAAUUUUCAGGAUCUGCUGCAGAAAAACACAAAAUGGCAGACGAGGAGAAUCUACCUUCAGGCUGGGAGAAACGAAUGAGCCGAAGUUCAGGUAAUGAAGUCAAAGAUUUAAUGGAUAAAUUUAACACAAACGUCCAAUAUUGUGAUAUGUUUAAGUUAGCUUCGUAGCUAGCAGCGCUGCAUCGUGGUUAACACCCGAAAUAAGGAGGGGGGGUGAAGUCUGUGAGGUGGAGGGGGUGAGGAGCGACCCCACUGUGACUGAGGUUCUCCUAAACUGUCAAGUCUGUCCGUUAGCGGGUCUGUCUUCUCUGUUUAUCCCGCCUAAAAUUCUCGAUUCAACCAGGGCCCACUAUGACGUCACCCUCCUCCUGAGCAUCACCUGCAGAGCGCGCGAGCAUCAGCAGGGUUACCUGAGCCCAAAUGAGUCUGGGACCACCACCCUCUGUCACCCCCUGUGUCUGUUUGGGGUCUGUGAGUUCUCUGGAUCUAUGUGGAUCCAUGUGGUCCAGAGAUCCGAUUCAAAACCUCUAAUCUUCCCAGAACAGAGACAGAGAGUCGGGAGGUCCGGGUUUCAGGAAACACAGAAUUGUUUAGUCUUGGGUUUUUAUUUUUAUGUGUGUUUUUGUUUUGUAAUCUAACUCUGCUGUCACGAUCACAGUUUGUGACUCACUUCGCUCCUCCUGACUCUUGAUAGUCGUGUUGUGUCGUUCAGGAACGAUUCGUACAAAAGAACGGUUCAUUAAAAAAAAACUGAAUCACUCCAAGACCUGAUUCGUUCCUUUCUCAGUUCAGUUGAGCUCAGCUGUGACCGUGGUGUGCGGAUCAGGAGUGCAACUGCCGCCUUUGACUCUAUGGCGUACGACACACAGCCAGUGAGCGAGCGGACAGGCGAGUGGAGUCUCAUGAUUUGCUCACAGUGAAUGAACGACGAGUAUCAGUCAGUCUGUGAAUGAAAUUAACGACUUCCUAAUGACUUGGGUCAGGCAGAGGAGGGAGAGGUGUAUCGCCUUUCACGAGCUGUUGAGCAGCGAUUCGUUCACUGAGGUUAAGAUAAAUCAGGUCAUUAUAGCGUCUUUACAUUUAUACACGUGUUUAAACUUUCCUGUAAGACGGAUUUAAUUUCAGCCGAUUUACAGAAAUACAAUAUUUGAUAUCUUUAAAAGUAUCUGAAUCCCUGCUACAGCCGACAUGUUUAUUUAUUUUCAAUCUCUCCACUUUUCCACGAUAUUAAAGAACGACGACUCGCGCUUGCUUAGCGAACGUGCUGCUCGCUGCUGUGUUGUUUCGGCCAAUGGCGACACACGGAGAGGUGAUUUUUUUUUCAGGGCAGGGGAGUGAUUCUUCCCACAGGACUUGGCGAAUGAACGACACCCAGAGAACGAUGCUGUGACUUCAGCAUCAGCGAAGGGAGGGGCUAAUGAACGAACUCGCUGCUGUGUCACUCACUCGUGUACUUCACCGAAUCAUUUUAAUGAACAGAUUCUAAAGAUUCAGUCAAGAAAACUGUUCUCCCAUCACUAGUUAAUCAGCAGCUCUUUGUCUCGAUCGGUCACACACUUUCAUCUGGAUUUUCUGUCCUUUGAACAUUUCUAGUAUGUGACUGAAAAAAAAAACGCGCUCUGUCCCUUUAAAUGACUUUUCAUGUCAUUUCAAACCUUUGAUUAAUUGAUCGGUUUGGUAUCAGCCUUCACAAGACUGACACCACUGUUUUAUAAAAACAUUUGUACUGCCUUAGAUAAUCAUCAAUAUUUGAUCUGAUUGUGCAGUAAAUAAUAGAAUUACACACGUCUUAAAAAAGUUUUUUAGUCAUAUUUACCUUGGGUUUUAAUUUUUUAUAUCAAUAACUUCAGAGCGUUGAACAGAUAUCUAAACGUCUGUGGUUGUAUUUUUACAGCACAAAAUAUUAUUUAAUCUACAGCUGCUGAAUAAAGUGUUCACUGAUGUUUAACUUUGUUUCUCGUUGGUCAGUCUUUAAAGUUCUAUUUUAUAAAAUGCAGAAAAAGGGAAACGAAAAAAACAACGUGAUAUCGGCAUCAGAUCUAUGAAAGGGCGUUCAGUGAGUCUCAGAGGGAAACAGAUUUAGAGAGAAUCAGAGAAGGUUCAGGGGUCUGUCAGGACUUCAGGACUGGUCUCAGCUGAAAACUGGAUAUGCUUCAGCACAGGGACUCAUAAUUCUGCUGCACUUCUUUAAAACUCCCUCUCUCUCUUCUUUUCCUCUCCAGCCAAAGUUUACUACUUUAACCACAUCACCAACGCCAGUCAGUGGGAACGACCAGUAGGAGACGGCCGUGGAGAACCAGACAAAGUAUGAUUAAUAUUUAUGUUUCAUUGUAUGAAUAGGAAAUGUUGUCGGUGUUGCAGAUAGCAGCUUAAGCACCACAUCAUAUUAAAACUGAAUUUAAAGGGGAUCAUAAUGAAAGAAACAGUGACACCUGGUGGUUAUUGAGGACAACAGCAGGGUUUAGAGGCCGAGGCAGGAACACUACAGCAUGUCAAACUCAUAAAACACAAAUCAAGAUCAUCCUCAUACCUGCUUUCAUCUGUACAAAUUUCUAUCAUAAAAAGAUGAAAUUAGAAACUGCAGAAGUUUUAUUAUGGGAUGUUUUUAUCACACGGACAGAUGUGGGUGUUUUUGGUGCAUGGUUGACAUUGAGGUGACAUUUUGAGUGAGAACAUUUCCUGAAGAAAGAUGAUGAUCACUUAAUACCUGACAAACAUACCUGUUAAAGUGAAAUAUGGUUAUUUCUAAAUUAGGAGGACAGAAAUGAAAAGGCAGGUCCACUUCUCAAAUGUAAUUAAGAAAAGGGUUUCGUAUUUUACAGAAAGCUCUACAGAGUAAAUGACAUAUUCAGUCUGUUAACAUCUGAGAUAAUCUGAUUCUUUCCUUCUCAGGUUCGCUGCUCUCACCUCCUGGUGAAGCACAACGAGUCCCGCCGUCCGUCCUCUUGGCGAGAACAGAACAUCACACGGACUAAAGACGAGGCGCUGGAGCUCAUUCAGAGUAAGGAAAACAUGAGGACGGUGGGGUUCAUGACGUCUGAUCAGCAGGUUUCACUGAAUUAUUUCUCCUCUCUCUGCAGAGUACAUAGAGAAGAUCAAGUCCGGUGAGGAGAAGUUUGAGUCUUUGGCUUCUCAGUUCAGCGACUGCAGCUCAGCCAAGAACGGUGGAGAUCUGGGACUGUUUGGCAGAGGUACAAACACAUGAUCAAACAGCCUCAUUUAUCCUGUUAUCCUGUGUUUGGAAUGAGGUCAUGAUAAAGAAUAUAUCAACUCAGAGAGGAAGGAGGAAGUUUGCAGGCGUCCAGCUAAUCUGUUCGACCUUAAAACAUAAAAAAGUGAGAUAAACAGAUCAGAUAAUUCACUGUAAUAAAGCUGGCUGUCUUUUAAUCGGGGUCGGGAGAUUAUUUUUUCUUUUAUUAUCAUGUGAUUGACUCAAUACGUAAACUGAGCACUUCAGAAAUCGGCCCUUUAAAUGACACUUGGACGGUCAGCAAAUCCUCCUGGCUCCUUCGCUGACGAGAACCAAUCACAGGCAGAACUGCGUUCCAUUAUUCCAAUCAUGCGCACACUCUUCACGUGCACUUAGAGUGCUUGGAGAGCCUGUGGUAGCAUUGCAAAGCUGCGAGAAUCCACGCCGGUGUUGUGCCGUAGAACGCACCCCUGCCGUAGAAUGCCCCCCUGACGGGAGCGCGGUUGAAAGUACACAACAAGGCGAAAUAAUCCAAGUUUUCCUUACCGUUGGACGGAUUCAAAAGCGUGUGCCUUUAAUGACUUCAUUCAGGUUCUAGAACUUGUUGUCCUAUGCUUUGGCCCAUGCUUGAAGCCUUUUGUGACAAAAUAAAAACAUGUGAACCCUGGUCUUUUUAACACUCCUUUUCGCCGCUGAUGUUAUUCAUUGAUUCAUUAAAACGUAAUGGUUUUGAGCCAUCUAAAAUAGCGAAAGCGGGCGUCUCGCGUUUAGUGCUCUGCAGGGCUCUCAGGUCUCACGCAUUCAGCGUGUGACACACGCAUUCCCACCCGUUCAUACGCUCACACGCCACACAUUGUAUUUCUCACGCAUUUAUAUGAACAUGGUGAUGUCGACCAAGUUGCACCUCUGUAACAAUGGAACAGGGGGAAAUCAACUGAGUUCCUCCGAGAGUUCAGAAGCUGCGUGCCACGCACAAGCCAAUCAAAUAAAGUAUAUCUACUGAACAGCCAAUCAAAAAGCAGCAUUGCUGUAUCCGGGUAGAUUUUGAUAUCUUGCGGUUUGACUACGGAUGAAGACAGACACUCGCCGAAAUAGAGCAUGUUUUUAUAAGGACGAGAAAGACCCGAUGAUUACAGUAAGUCAGUAACCUACACAUGCAGAGACCUCAACACCUCAUGGCAGAUAAACUCAUAUGAUAAACUAAGGCCCUAUGCUAUUGCUAUUAACAGCUGUAUUGAUGAAUUUAGCCUCUGUACAGCCAUUUCCAGCCAUUUUCCCCUCCACAAAAGCAGCAUUUCUCAUAUAUUCUUUUUAAAGUUCUGACAGUGUAAUGCUCAUGUACCAAAGGAUUAAGUAUCUCCAUGUUUGUGAAACCUAUACUAAAGUACAAUUCAUCUAAAUGCUCACCUUUUCAACCCCUGACCCAUUUUCAUGCCUGUGUAACAGACUGGAUGGGGCGGAGUCACGUCUCUGAUGUAGGACAGCGUCUUAAACGGACAUGAGACCAUAGCCUACCUACACACAUCCAAAAACAACUUUGAUUUAUUUAUUUUUUGACACUGAAUAUACUGAUAUGGGCAAAUUGUCGUAAAUGUCGGUAUCUGUAAAUUUCAGAUUUAUCGCCCAGCCCUAGCCCCAUCUGAAGCUCAUGUUUGUGAAUUUGGAAAUAAAGGAUAAUUAACCUUGCACCUUAAUUAGCAUGUGGAGAAAAAUUGGCUACUCUAAACUCUCUAAACAAACUUUUCUAAAACUGGUGACUUCACUGCUGUUUUAAUUCUGUGGUUGAUCGCUCCUCUUCCUGUUCGUUAUUAUGAUAUUUGGGAGCUGUAGAUCAAUAAUUCUGUAUAAGAUUUAAAAUGUAAUACAACGGGCAAAAUGACGUCAGUUAUUGUCAUAAAUUUCUGUAUUGGUAAAUUUUCACUGUAUCGCCCAGCCCUAGAUUGGACUCAUAUUUGGUCCUAAAAUGCUGCCAAGUCUGCUGUUGUUUUUUCAGUCAUUUUUGUGUUUCUCAACCUGAUUGAAGGUCAUUGUGUUUAAAGUUUGAAGGCAUUUUAAAGAAGCUGACAGAUAGUUUUGAAUAAAUUACAAACAGCUGACAGAUGAAAACGCUCACUUCAGUUUUCAUCGUCUGUGUCUCUGUCUCGUAGGACAAAUGCAGAAGCCUUUUGAAGACGCCUCCUUCGCUCUCAAAGUGGGAGACAUGAGCGGUCCUGUUUUCACUGACUCUGGGGUCCACAUCAUCCUACGUACAGGUUGAAAGGAACAAGCCACACACUGUACUUUCCUCAAAAACACACAAACACACACACGCAGAGUAAAACCAAACUUAGACCCAUAAUCAAACCCAACGACUCAUACCACGCCGUAAACAAAGCUCACGGGCUGACAUGCUUUAUUUCCAACGGGGUCGACUCGUCCCGAGCAGAUAAUACCGAUACGUUUAACAUGAAUAAGAGCUGCAGAUGUUUUUUCUGUAGGACCUCGAGCUUCUAUUAACCAUGAUAAAGUCCAUAUAUAACAACAUGAGUGCCUGUGACUCUGUGGGAGAGACGUGUUAACAGUUUCACAUGAAGUUUGAGAAUGCCUCAGCAGAAGUCGAAAGCUUGUCUUUGGUAUGUGCAUGUCUCUUCAAGAGGACCAUUUGCUGUAUUUGUGUUCUUGUAAACUCUUCCAUGCUAAAGCAGCCGUCUAAGAUCGCCUUGGAAACACUGUAGAUUCAUGGUUUUGUUGGAAAUACUGUCAGAGCAAACACUGUCCUUCUCCAUUUGUCCUUCUUCUAAUUUUUGUUUUAUUUCUCAUCAUCAGCUUUAAAAAUAAGUGCAUGUUCCCUCCCUCCCUCCCUCCCUCGACCUAAUGAUAUGCAAAGUUGGCACAGUUGGACAUUUCCGAGUUUUACCAAUCACAUCCUGCAGCUUUUAAAGGCGUCCAAGUUCAGAUGAAGAGUGACACACUGUUGUAUCAUUGGAGAAACUUCCUCUAAUAAAGACUCUUUUUUGUACGUCU